AUGGCCGAAGGGAGAGAACAAGUAACCGUAGAAUUAACUGGUGGUGGGCCAUGGGGUGUCCGAUUUCAGGGAGGAGAAGGCACAUUCGAACCUCUCACUGUACAUAAGACAAUCAAAGAAACAGAUGACUUCAAACACACCCCAGCACCAGUGCAGCCAGGACAACAGGUUACAGCACAGAAUGAACUUCUAACCUUGCUUCCGAUUGCGGAAAUGACUUCACUCUCGAAACUAGAUGCCACAUCAACGAUCGAAGAGACAGAUGACCUCAAACACACCCCAGCAUCAGUGCAGGCAGGGCAACAGUUUACAGCUCAGAAUGAAGCUUCAAUCUUGUUUCCGAUCUCGGAAACGACAUCAGGCUCGAUGGAAGUAGAAAGUAAACCAGAUACGGAAGUUUCUUCCGAUAGAAAAACAGAAGGCUUUAGAGAUAAUUUGAAACAAGAAAAGAUAGAAGAUGAAGAGGAGUGCGAAGAGAAAACUAUCGAAACAAUGUUCGAGAAAGAUGAAGAUACCGAAACGAAUGUACAACAUAUCGAAGAAGACGCAGUUGUAACAGAUGACGUUUUAUAUCACCCUAAACUAGAAGAUGUCCAAGUUAAAAUUGAACCCAAUAUAUUGUGUGACAUAGAGCCCGAUAUCUCAAUACAGCACACAAUUUCCCCAAUUCCUACUCCUUCAAGGAUAAUUGAAAACAAGUCUAACACUGAAACCUGCAAUCAGGAAAACGCAAGUUCAACAGAAUUGUUUAACGCUAAACAAUAUGAAAAGAGAACAUUGACUGUACAGUGCUCGUUUUGGAGCCCACUAGUAUCCACUGCAGUGUCAGUUCCGAAAGGUGACGUACCACUUUUCAAAAGAGAUAUGCUCCCGUCUUCUGCUAAUAUUUCUUCUUUGAAAUCACCCACAGUGCCUCCUGUGUUAACCCAAGAAGAAAAAAAGGUUCAACCAACCCCUGAUGCUGGAGAUUCGGUCUUUUCUGGCCACGGAUCUCUUUCGAGAGACUUGUGGACAGGUCACGGCUACGAGCCAGCACCAGACGACGAUAUUGUCGGUUACGACACUUUCCCGACAGAAAAGAAAAUAUAUUCAUCCUCAAGCUUCUAUGAAGAUUCGAGCGGAAGCUAUCCGACAGUCGAGGAACAAGUCGGACUUUGCCGAAAGAUAGCCGACUCUCUCUCGACUGACACGAACCAGAAAUCACGUAGUGCUAAGUUGUUUAAUCGACGAGUCGAGAAUUCAAACAAAUGGGUGCGUGGAGAUCCAGCAGCAGAACAUGAAUCUCGUGAACAAAAAACAUUCAAAGAACAGGUUCGUACAGAAAAAGCAAGAGUUGAACCCUCUAUAUCAGAAGCAGCAAGCACUACAUGCGUUAAAUCUAGUAAUUCUCCAACGAAAUUAAAACUGAUACUUGAUCCCAGACACUUACAAGAUGUCCACCAACUGCGAAAGGAGGGCCAAAGUAUUAACGAGCAUAACGUGAUUAGUCCUGAUGUCUGUCUGGGUCUUGUCAAAGACUUGAAAUCUCCCGUUGGAAAAGGUGCCAUUAUGUUUGCAAAACGUAGGCAAAAGUCCGAAAAAUGGGUUGUGGACGAAAACAAGGUCAAAGCUCACCAAUCACAGCAAAGAAUGUCCAGUAAGCCACCAGCAGGGACAAAAACUGACGCUAGACUCCAAGAAAUGUUAGAAUCUCCACGUUUGACAAUCGUUAAGAGUCCUUGGGAGGCUGCCUUAGAAUCUCCUGUAGGAAGUUGUGAUGCUGCGUUUCGGGAAUUCUGGCCUGAGAUUCAUUCAGCCCCAUCGGCUGCUCGUGUUCUUCAGGAAAGCGGAACGAAAGCCACAUCUCCUCCUGUAACAACUCUCCCAGUUGACUUCCAUUCCCGCCCGAAAGCCUCCACUCCUAAGUUUGCUCCUAUAGUAGGCAGUAGACUCCUGCCAUCUACGAACUAUGACCUAUAUCGACCCCGUAUCCCACAAGGCUGGAGUAGUCCGAAUAGAGAGAAAUCAACUUCUGCAUGUCAACAAAACUCCCAUGAAACGGUAUCAUCAACACGCUGGGAUCCAUCCUCCUCUCCUACGCCACAGAAAAUGAUUUUUCGUAACUUUAAUGUCAUUCCGAAAACCUGGUCAGCAGCGAGAGCAACACCAAAGCAAUCCACCUUUAAACCUGUCAAGGUCAACCUAGGAUUAACAAAAUGAAAAGAUCAUUCGUCCCUCAAAACUCGACUAUCUUCAUCUUGUGUCAGCCCUCUACGUAAAUGUGACAGUCAAUGUUUGUCGCAGUACUGAAUCACUCUACAGUGAAAGCAGAAUUUCUUCAUCUUAUAAGUUAUCCCGUGAAUUUACUUUGUUUAAAUAGUAAAACAACUGGUUUUAGUCCUUACGCUACACUAGAUGUUCUGGUUCAUCAUAAUGAUAUUCGAAACCCAACUUCUAUACGCUUUUCUAAUCAUGCUAUUUCAGGUAGUUAAAGAAGUACCCUAGUAAGUGAUAAUUAAUCAUUCAUAUAAUAUUAAUGAUAUUGUUUACAAUUCAACUCUGUCUACCACCACAUCUUAUUUAGAGACUGAAGUACUUAAAGGUUGAUUUUAAAAGGUUCUGUCCGUCACAUAGAUACCCGAAUAUUCUUCAGAUCUUGAAAAGGAUCGUUAGUUUCAAAGAUUGCUUAUUGUUCUGCAGUAGUUUUCCCCAAAUCGGCUUUAUCGUCUUGUCUAGCGAAGCGUUUGAUUACGUCCUAAACAUAUGAAGUUAAGCAGUGUUUUAUCGUAAUAUAACCAGGAAGAAAUAUAUUUAAUAUGAACAAGAUAUUAGUAAUGAAACGUUAUACGCAUAUACUGUUAGUAUCAACAAUGAAGACUUGAAAUGUGUUACAUAUUGAGCAAUCUCCUUAUAUAAAUUUACUAUAUCCAGCUGAAGGUGUUAGAGAAGUUAGUUAUAGGUGAGAUGCAAAUUGGGAAUGAAUGAUUCCAUUCAUAAAAAAAACAAUUAUAUGUGAUUUAUUAAUUAUUAUUAAAUUCAAUAGAAUCUGUAAAAAAAAA